AUGUACGAUGAGGCGUACAUCGCGCAGAUAUACCGCAAGAAGAAUCUCAAAUCCGUAUGGGAGGAGAAUCCGAAGUCGCCGCUAGCGAAUUUCAUGAAUCAGCGUUUAAAGAAGCAACCUGCGUAUGAAAGCAUACAGGGUAUUGCAGGAAAUGGCAAGACAGUUUGGAGAACGACUGUACGCGUUCAAGGCGACGAUCUUAAUCUGACUGGGUACGGCGACAACGCAAACAGGAGGGAGUCCGAGAGAUUAGCCGCAUUGGCCGCAUUAUAUCAAAUCGAUGGCGUUGGUGCAGUAAGCUUCAUUUUCUCAAAGAAGAGCGAGUCCGGCGACGACUUCUCACCGUUGAACAUCACGCUCUCGGACGGGAGCCCCGUGGACUAUGAGCGUGGUCGUCAAUUCAUGGAUUAUUACUGUCGACGGUUCGGAUUCGCGAAAGCUGAAAUCUCGUAUACGAGCCUCAACGCACGAUCCGGCAACACGGCGUGGCAAGCCGACAUGGUUGUCAACGACCGGAAGAUCGGAUUUGGCAAAGCGCCUAACAAGAAGAAUGCGAUGAUGAGCUGCUAUGUGGACGUCACGCAGUAUCUGGAGCAAUGCGACCCUGCUGUCUGGAAAGAGUUUCUCAAAGACGCGAAGACAGGUCGUGACUUAGGCAUGGCACCCAGGGUUAGGUUCGCGAUUGACGACACGACACAAGACCGUGUGGAGGAUCUAUGCACAGACAUCAAGAAGAGUGUCCUGUACCAGAAUCGCCCAAGAUCACAGGGCUAUCAGGCGAAUGGCGAGCAACGAGCGGGUGUACCGACAGCACCACGUGCUCCAUAUCGUCGACCCGUUGCCCCUGCGUAUCUAGAAACAAAAUCUCAGCAGCUCAAGCAGCGUCGCGAGACGUAUUUGAACGACCCCAAUAUGGCCAAGAUGCGGGAACUGCGCGCGCUGCUUCCCGUGUAUACCAAAGCCGAUGAGCUGCUGAGCCACGUGCGGGAGCACGACGUGACUAUAUGCAUGGCGGCGACGGGGUCUGGCAAGACGACACAAAUUCCUCAGCUCAUCCUGGACGAUGCGAUUGAGCGGGGUGAGGGCGCUAAAUGCAAUAUCGUAUGCACACAGCCGCGUCGGAUUGCCGCUAUCAGUGUAGCAGACCGUGUUGCGAAGGAGCGCGGUGAGUCGGCAGGGCGAAAUUCAUCCGUUGGCUAUCAGGUGCGGUUCGAAUCCAAUCUCCCCGAGGACCACGGUUCUGUCACUUUCUGCACUACCGGUAUCUUCCUCAAACGGAUGCAGUCCGCGUUGCAGGGCGAGUCAAUGGGGCGGAGUCUCGAUGACGUGACGCAUAUAGUGGUCGACGAAGUGCACGAGCGAGAUGUGGACACGGAUCUGCUGCUCGUCGUGCUCAAGCGGUUGAUCGCUGACCGCAAAGCACGCGGAAGACCAGUCAAGGUGGUACUCAUGAGCGCCACGAUCAACCCGACGCUCUUCCAGGAGUACUUCCCCGACGAGAAAGGCCGCCCAGCGAGCGUGAUCGACAUCCCCGGUCGUGCGUUCCCCGUCCAAAAACGUUUCCUGGAGGAUUUCGUGCACCGGUUGGCGGAUACCCCGGCUGCGUCCUGGGUGUUCCAAGAGGAGCCGGUGAAGAAGUACCUGAGACACCAGCUGGGUUCAGCGGCGCCCGUACCACAGCUUCGCAACAAUAGUAUGCGAGGCCAGCAGGAUGAACCCGCGACAAUGGUUUCCACCAAGGACGAGGAAGUCGACUUACCCAUCUCACUGAUUGCUCUCACCAUCGCACACGUGUUGAACAGCUCCGAGGACGGACAUGUCCUGGUAUUCCUGCCUGGCUGGGACGACAUCAUUGCGGUACAGAAGUGCCUAGCCAUGGAUCCGCGGCGACUGCUUGGUAUCAACUUCAAUGAUCAACGCAAGUACAGUAUUCACCUGCUUCACUCGAGCAUCCCAGUCAAGGAGCAACAAAUCAUCUUCGAUCCACCUCCCGAGGGUGUACGACGUAUUAUCCUUGCAACCAACGUCGCAGAAACCUCUGUUACCAUCCCGGAUGUCGUCUACGUCGUUGACACAGCCAGGGUGAAGGAACAGCGGUACGACCCUGAACGUCACAUCUCCGCCCUCGUGAGUGCAUGGGUGGGUCUCUCCAACCUGAACCAGCGCGCGGGACGUGCCGGACGGCACAGGCCUGGCGAGUACUAUGGUAUCCUGGGUCAGCAAUUCGCGGACAGCCUGCACCCGUACCAGACGGUAGAGAUGAAGCGCGUAGACUUGAGCAACGUUGUGAUGCACGUCAAAGCGCUCAACUUCCCUGGCAUGACUGUCGAGGAGGUCCUAGCGGAGGCGAUUGAGCCUCCUGCUCCUGAUCGGGUAGAGGCAGCGAUACGCUCGCUACAGAUGGUCGGUGCGCUCGAUCACCAGCACAAUCUCACUUCGUUAGGCCGCGUUCUCUUGCAGCUUCCGGUCGAUGUUCAGAUGGGCCGUCUAGUACUCUUCGGUAGUUUCUUCCGCUGCCUAGACCAGGCGCUGACGCUCGCAGCGAUCCUCACCAACCGUGAUCCGUUCGUCGCGCCCAUGCAUCUGAAGGUCGAAGCGGCCGCCAAGAAGAACUCCUUCACUCCGGAAGACUUCCGCUCGGAUGCGUUGGCAAUUCUGAAUGCCUACAAUGCCUGGUGGGACCUGCAGAAGCAGGGCAUGUACGUCUCUGCGAACAGAUUCUGUGUCGAGAAUUUCCUCGCCAAGCCGACGCUGCUCACGAUCCAGAAAAUCAAGGAGCAUCUGCUGCAGUCCUUAUACCAGGCCGGUGUGAUCGAGGUGUCGGCAGGUGGCGGAGUCACGACUCCCACAGGACCUAUGCGAGGAGAGGGCUUCACAGUGCCGCCAGAGCUUAACACAAACAGUGACUCAAAACCGCUACUUGCUGCCCUCAUUGCAAUCGCAGCACAGCCCAAAUUUGCGAUCCGAACAGGAGAGAAAAGCUAUCGGACAGCAACAGAUAAGGCGAGUAAUACCUUAUGUAUUUCUGUUCAGAUGGUGUUCAUACACCCGUCGAGCGUGAAUCAUCGAAAAAGAGAGCUCGCGGAAUCGGUAUACGACAGCAACCCUGUCGUCGAAGAUAGGUUGAUCAUCUCCUACGCUGAAAAACGCCAGAAUGUUUCCGGCGGCUCUACGAAUGCCCAAAAGAACCUUGUCACGACAUCACGCCUAGAUCCUCUGACCUACAUCCUCUUCGGUGCAUACGAGAUUGAGGUAACCGCUCGUGGUCUUGAAUGCGACGGAUGGCUUCCGAUCGUCGGCAAUGGCAGCAACCAUGACGCGUUGGACGAACUGGAGCGUCUCAAGACACAAAUGGAUGCAUGCAUGCUGCGUGUUUUCGAAGGAAUAAUCGCCGGGAAAGCAAAACUCAGCAGAGGGCGACGCGUACCCGCGCGAGUCGAUGCCCGAGAGGACGAGUCCGCGGACGAGGAUGACGGUCCUGAGGACCGAUCUUUAUCGCAAACUGAAAUCAAGGAGCUAGACUUGAUGACGCGCGAUAUUGUGCGGAUCCUGAAUGGCUACAGCACCUACCGUGUAGCAAUGCAGUCACAGCACAAUUCUCGACCAGCGACACCUAUGGACUCUCCCUCGUACCCAUACGGCCGGCUACCUUCUCUUGGUGGCACUCGAUCGGGUUAUUCGACUCCCUUCCAUGGCUACAGUUCGAGACCUAGCACUCCCAGUCGCUUAUCCGGAAGGUACCCGUGA